AUGUCGCUCAGCCCCAAGCACACGACGCCCUUUUCCGUCUCUGAUAUCCUGAGCCCCAUGGAGGAGACCUACAAGAAGUUCGGCGCCAUGGAGGGCAGCCUGGGCGCACCUUUGGGCGUGGGGGCCGCCGCCUACCGGCAGCCCCAAAGCUCGGCCCUCCAACCUCAGCAGCAGCACCCCAUGGCUGGCCACAACACUGCCACCUACCAUCCCAUGGCGCACGCCGGCGUCUCGCAGUUUGCCCACGGCUCCGUUGCGGGCUAUUGCAACGGUGGACUCGGCAACGUGAGCGAUCUGGCGCCCUAUUCAGACAGCGUGCGCAGCAGCGCAGCAGCCUCCGGCUGGUAUGGACCCAACGCGGACCCCCGCUACCCCACGAUUUCCAGGUUGAUGGGCCCGACGGGAGGCAUGAAUAUGGCCGGCAUGGGGGCUCUGUCGGGGAUCGCGGAGGCUGCCAAGUCCAUGGCUCCCGGGCUCCACACCGCGCCGCGGAGGAAGAGACGGGUGCUUUUUUCCCAGGCGCAAGUCUACGAGCUGGAGAGGCGCUUCAAGCAGCAGAAAUAUCUCUCGGCCCCCGAGCGGGAGCACCUGGCCAGCCUGAUCCACCUCACGCCCACCCAGGUGAAGAUCUGGUUCCAGAACCACCGCUACAAGAUGAAGCGCCAGGCUAAGGACAAGGCAGCGCAGCAGCUCCAGCAACAGCAGCCGGAGGCCCUGAGCCAGGCGGCCGACCUGGAAGAGAUGUCCCCGAGUCCACCCUCCCUGCACAACCAGGUGGGCUCCUUGGCCCAGAUGGACGCUGCCGCCGUCGAUUACAACGGCGGCAUGAUCAACGCAGGCUUGUUGUAUGGCCGGACAUGGUAA